GACGUCGAUCCCAUCUCCGGGCGCAAACUCAUCAAUCAUUACGAAAUCAUCGACGAACUCGGGCGUGGAACGCAUGGCAAGGUCAAACUAGGCCGCGACCUCCAGAGUCCCGAAGGGAGAUAUGUCGCCAUCAAGAUUGUUGAGCGUUAUUCCAAGCGACGCAAGCUGGGCAAGCUCGGGACCACCGAGGACAAAGUCAAGAAGGAAGUUGCCAUCCUGAAACAAGUCCGCCAUCCCCACGUAACCGCCCUGCUCGAAGUCAUUGACGAUCCCUCACGAAAGAAAGUGUACAUUGUGCUUGAAUGGGUGGAACGCGGACAGAUUGAGUGGCGGUUGGAGUAUGUCCCGACCAUGUCUCAUCAACAGACGCGCGUCGCUUUUCGAGACACCCUCCUGGGCCUGCAGUACUUGCACUACCAAGGCAUCAUUCACCGCGACAUCAAGCCACCCAACCUACUCUCCACUAAAGAAGGUCGGGUCAAGAUCUCCGAUUUCGGCGUCUCAUACCUUGGGCGGCCUAUGGGAGAAGGUGAGGUGAGCGAAGGAGUCAGUGAGCAUGAAACGCAGGAUUUGGAUGAUGGCGCGAAGGAGUUGGCGAAGACGGUCGGAACGCCCGCUUUCUACGCUCCUGAACUCUGCAUCACAGAGGUCGUUGAAGACGCGCCUCCCAUCACCAAGGCAAUCGACGUCUGGGCACUUGGCGUCACCCUCUUCUGUAUGCUGUUCGCCCGCACGCCUUUCGUGGAUAGCGAAUACGUCGUGAUGCGGCAGAUUGCAGAGGAAGAGAUCUACAUCCCCCGCAAACGAUUGCAACCCAUUAGCGACGACUUGUACGAUCUCUUGAAACGCAUGCUCGUCAAGGAUCCGCGGAAACGAAUUACGCUAGAGGAAGUACGACAUCAUCCUUGGGUGGUCGCGGACAUUCAUGACAAAGUUAAAUGGCUCGAGGAGACGGAC